AUGCAAUUUGCUAAACUUAACAUUUGGGAUGGAAUUGGUCAAGCCCAAAGUCGUUUUGAUGUAACCAAAUUGUUCAUUAAUUCAGACAUUGUCGAAAUUAUCGAGUUCAAGAAAGAAUUGAAAGCUGAUAACAAUGGAGGUAUGUCUGAAAAAAGCAUACCUACACUUCCAAGCUACUCUUCUUCUUGUAUAGAUGAUUUUAAAGGUGAUUUCCCUUUAAAAACAGUUUGUGAGAUCAUAGAACCACUGAAGGUAAUGAAAUUUCUAUUAGUUGGUUCCAUCGUGAAUAUAAGACAAAAUCUACGUUGGUAUUACGACGCGUGCUCCACAUGUGGGAAAAAGAUAGACACAGUGCCCAAAGUCAAUCAUUCCUAUAACACCCUAAACAAAAUUUCAGAGAAUGUUGUUACUAAAUGUAAAGAAGCACGUUGCAACACUUCGGAUUUUCAUCCUGUGACAAAGUAUAUGAUUCCAAUCAACGUACAAGAUGCUACUGGCACCAUCGGAUGGACUCUUUUUGAUAGGAAAGCGAAGAAGCUAUUGGGUAUAAGUGCAUACCAAUUGAGAAAAAUACAUGAAGAGGCCGGAGACAGUUUGGAACUAUUUCCAAAUCAAAUUAACAUCUUGAAAAACCGCAAGUUUGCUUUUCUUGUAGAUAUUACAUCCUAUAAUGUGGAAAACUAUAAUAAUAUAUAUAUCAUUCUCAAACUUACGGAAGAUGUAUCAAUUGUUUCCGAAUUGGAAAGUAAACUUGAACUUUUGAGUACUCAAUCUGUGUCUAUGACUCAAAUCCCUUUGGAAUCUGAUGAAGAUGUAGAGAAAGUUGUGAAGGUAUUUUGA